AUGGUUCUAUACCUCACACGAAUAUUACAAAAAAAACCAAUAUUUCGUGAUUUAAAUGCAGACGAUGUCGAAUCUGAGGUAACAGUAAUCGAAUCGAUGUGCAUGAAUUGUGAAGAAAAUGGUCAAACUCGAUUACUUUUAACAAAAAUUCCAUUUUAUAAAGAGGUUGUCAUUAUGUCCUUCAAAUGUGAACAUUGUGGUUUUCAAAAUAAUGAGAUCCAAUCGGCUGGACGAAUUGCUGAGCGUGGUAUACGAAUUACACUUAAAGUGACUGCUGUAAGUGAUUUAAAUCGUCAAGUUGUUAAAAGUGAUUUUACAAGUGUCAAAAUUUUGGAAGUUGAUUUUGAAGUACCAGCACAAAGUCAAAAAGGAGAAGUAACAACAAUUGAGGGUAUUAUUGAUAGAGCUGUAGCCGGAUUGAAUCAAGAUCAAGUUACACGUCGAAUUCAACAUCCAGAAGUUGCUGAACAAAUUGAUCAAUUUAUACAAAAAUUAAACGAUUUAAAAACUGUUAAAACUCCAUUCACAAUUAUACUUGAAGAUAUUUCUGGUAAUGCUUUUAUAACGAAUCCUAAUGCACCAAUUAAAGAUCCAAAUAUGACAACUGUACAUUUUAAACGUAACAAAGAUCAAAAUCAUUUAUUAGGAAUUUUUACUACGGAUGAGGUUGGCGAAGAUUCGAAUGAAUCGAAAUUAUUACAUCCGAUUGAAGAAAAUGAAUUUACACUAGAAGAUUUACAGGGUGAAGUUUUACAAAUACCAACUAAUUGUAAUAAUUGUGGAUCACCCUGUCAAGCCAACAUGAAAGUUACAAAUAUACCACAUUUUAAGGAAGUAAUUAUAAUGGCACUUGCCUGUGACACUUGUGGAAAUCGAACAAAUGAAGUGAAAAGUGGUGGGGGUAUCGAAGAGAAAGGUGUACGAAUUGAAGUGAAAAUUGCAAGUCGUGAUGAUUUCUCACGUGAUGUUUUAAAAUCCGAUACGUGCAGCUUACAAAUACCCGAAUUAGAAUUGGAAGUUGGUCCGAAUGCAAUUGGUGGUCGUUUUACAACGGUUGAAGGUAUUGUUACAGCGAUUAAAGAACAAUUGGGUGUGUCAGGGCAUAUGUUUGGUGAUAGCGAAGAUCCGAAAGCUGGUGAUAAUAUGGAAAAAUUUUUAAAUCGAUUGGAUGAUGUUUUAAAAUCAAAAACAUCUGUUACGCUUGUAUUGGAUGAUCCUGCUGGAAAUAGUUACAUCCAGAGCUUAAGUGAUGCAAAUGAACCGGAUGACCAAUUGAAAAUCACUCGUUAUGAACGUACGUUCGAACAAAACGAUGAAUUAGGUUUAAAUGAUAUGAAAACGGAAAAUUAUCAAGAAACUUAAAAAAAAAACUGUUAUGCAGUCAAAAAUCGAUUAUAACGACAUUGAAAGAAUCGCGGUUUUCUUUCGGUUAAACGCAAUAAUGAGAUAUUUUUCAAAUCAUAUUUCCUCCGAAA